AUGAAUAAUACCAGAGAAGAAAUUAAAGACUUCAAAAUUUUCCGUGAAUUGAACUACAAAGAAGUUCGUAACUUAAUAAUGUCAAAGAAGUUAUAUGUCAAUACGGUAGUAAAAAUUUAUAAUAGAGAUCGAAUUAAAAUUCCGAGUUCAGAAUUUUUACCGUUAAACGAUCGCAAAGAAUAUUUUUUCGAAUAUACUAUUCUUCACUUGGCUCUUUAUGUAGAUGACGAUGAAUUUGUAGACUUCCUCCUGGAGAACAAUGCAGACACAAAGCUGAUGGAGACAGAACAUUUGGCACCGGUAAUUUUAUCGGCGAUAAGUCUAAACAGCUUGAAGUACGUAAAGAAAUUAGUGAAAGCUGGUGCUGAUGUCAAUCAGAUUAUCUGUGUACUUGACACAUAUGAGAGAAAAAGGGAUAGGCUUAAUAAUGAGGGUAAUCCUCAAAUUUAUUAUAAUUAUUAUACACCGUUGGAAUUUGCUGUCCAGCUGGAUACAUAUAAGAUCGCUGAAUUUCUCAUCAGCCAGGGUGCUAAUGUACACGGAAGAAUUGGCAAUGACGGAGACGAUACCGACUCGCCAAUGGGUAUCGCUGCUUUUUCGGAUAACGUAAAAAUGUUGAAAUUGUUGAUUAAACAUGGCGCUGAUAUUAAUGCUGGAGACGACAAUGGUUUGACUCCUCUGAUGAAAGCAGCUGCUGAAGACGAUAAUUCAGAAAGUCGCAGUCAACCUCUUAUAGAAAUAAAUUCUCUGAAUAAUGACAAGAAAUCUUGUCUUCAUUUUCCCGGAGUUUUGCGCAUGGGAGAUGAAAUUGAACCUGAGUCUAGUCUUCAAGAUCUCCUGAAUGCAGGAUGUGAUAAUGUCAAUAUUGUGACCAAUUACCAAUUGAUACCUAUGGAAACAAAGAAAUGUGCUUUGAGAUUAUGA